ACAUGACACAAUAAUUUUGAAAAAUCAAAACAAAAUUUUGAAUGUGAAAUUUGAAUUUUGAUAAUUUGCGAUUUUUGCCAAUUAAGUUAUUGGAAAAUUUUGCAGUACUUAAUUAUAAAGUUUAUUGGUAACAAAACAAUAUGCGGUGCUUGUUUAUUACAUAUUCUAAAUCAAAGUAAAUGUGCAAUGUGCAUUACAAAAUAACAUCCGGUUCAGUCCGUUCAGGUUAUCGCGGCCCAAGUCCCAACUCUACCAUCGUUCAAGAGAACUAGUCCCCAGCCAAUGUAAAAUAAAUUAAAAAAGAAAAACAAUCUAAAUCCCAAAAUGGCUGAGGAUACGAAAAUAAGUAAUGGCAAGUCAUCAGCAGAAAAGAAGGGAUUGGGAAACGAUCAUAUUCUAACGGUUCUACUCAUUACUAUUGUGAUACCUUUAUCAAUGUCAAUGUGGAUAAUUAAUCUAGUUUAUUCCAAACUGAUAUUAAAUACCGAAGGAUUUGAUGAGCCAGUAGUAAUAGAACCUACAAGGUGGUUAACUUCCUGCCUCUUACCUAUCACAGUAGCUAUAUACGGAUACCGAAAGAAGAGCCUUAACAUAAGUGGGGCACUGCUUGGACUAGUUGUAGCAUUUGUACUUACACUCGCCAACUACUGUUUUCUGAUAGACUUGCUAGUUUUCUUCCUAUCUUCUUCUAAAGCUACAAGAUUUAAACCACAUUUAAAAAGAAAGAUUGAAGAGGACUUUAAGGAAGGUGGUCAAAGAAAUUGGAUUCAAGUUCUUUGCAAUGGAGGCAUGGCUACUCAACUAGGGCUACUGUACUUGUUAGAUGUAGGAUCUUCUGAGAGGCCAAUUAACUUUGUGAAUGAUUACAGAGCAUCCUGGCUCAGUAUUGGGGUUCUUGGUGUGUUUGCAUGUUGCAACGGUGACACAUGGGCCUCAGAACUAGGCACUGUCUUAAGUAAAUCUGAUCCAUACUUAAUAACAACAUGGAAAAAAGUGCCUAAAGGAACAAACGGAGGGGUCAGUGCUAUUGGCACCUUAGUCAGCACUUUAGGAGGUUUUGUCAUUGGCCUGGCUCAUUACUUAACAAUUUUAUAUUUUGCUGACCGAUCGUUGCUUAUGUAUGCACCUCCACAGUGGCCUAUUGUUUUAUAUGGAGCAUUAGCAGGCCUUAUUGGAAGUCUUAUUGAUUCAUUAUUAGGUGCAACUUUGCAAUAUUCAGGUGUUGAUAAAGAUGGAAAGAUAGUCUCACAUUCCAGCUUAAGUGUAAAGCAUAUAAGUGGAAGCAACAUUCUGGAUAAUCAUAGUGUCAACCUGUUAUCAACAAUUAUAAUGGGAUUACUUUUGCCGACAAUUAUCAAAAAUUUGUAACAGUUAUAAAUUUUAAUUUAUGUUCUUUUGUUAUAAUUUAUUUUAUCAAGAAAAGGUUUAUACUUAAUGUUAAUAAUAUGGAUGAAUGAACUAGUAAGUUGCUUAAAUAUUAUUUAUGAGUAGGUAUAUUAUUAUAUUAUAAUACAAAAUAUUAAUAUUCUAUUU